GCGCGUUUCUCCCUCCCACAGGCAGCCUCUGAGGAUGCUCCUGGGGCGCCAUGGCUCUGAUCAGCCUGAGAGGUUGGCGGUUUUGCGCGAGCAGGUGCGCGGGGAUGACUCUGAGCAAAAGCUUUAUGGGCGGGCAGCGAAAGGCGCCCCGAGGGGGAUCUCCAGGGGGAUCCACGAGGAUGCCGCGUGCCAGGGUGAAGUGUCAGUACGUGCUUUGCCGAAAUAGCCACGUGCCCGUGCGGAUCCAGUCUGUCCCUGCUGGUGAAACGGUGCCUCUGUGCGGAGAUGCCGGGAACGGCCGUGUGCCUGAUGACAGGUGGAUGGAUGAGCAGGUGUUUUUCGGGAAGCUGAAGGGCCUUGAUACAUCCAGAGAGGUUUUUGAGUUUCUUAGCUCUGUGGAAAUGAUGUCUGACACCAUGGCUUCAGCAGCCCUGCAGAGGAUUUCCGAAGUGGAGGUGGAUGACCGUGGACUGAAAGACUCGGACGUUUUCAGGGCGUUAUGCUUUCAGUUUGAAUAUGAGUCCUCGAAACUGUCCAACACUGGGCUGCUGAGUGCCCUGCAAGCCCUGAUUAAACUGCGUGUAGAUCCACGGGGCUCCCUGAUAGCAAAGCUGCUUUCAGAGGGUCAGGAGCGGCUCGGGAAAGGGCAGCUGACCACCCAAAACCUGUGUGAUUUUGGAGAGGCUUUGCUUGAGCUGGAAGGCCCAGCUUCUGUAAUCCUGGAACAAAUCUUAAGCCACCUGCAAGAAAAAGACAUUGCGAAGUGUGGUCCUAGUGAAUUGGUGGCAGUUUAUAGGAUGCUGCAGAGGAGUGCUGGAGAAGGGAAGCAGUACCAAGACUUGCUAAACAGAGUGAACCACGUCACUUUAAGCGUAGCUUCCCAGCUAAGCCCGAGGUUCUUGAGCACGGUGCUGAAUUCGCUGGUGGUUCUUCGUCAGACUCAGGCAGUCUCCUUGGUCAUUGCCCUGUGCAAGCACUCGGUGAAGCACGUUCCCUAUUUCACAGACCAUGAACUGGUGAGCGUGCUAGAAGCCUUCCUCUACUUCGGACAUCGUCAGCAGGUCUUUACAGAAGCCCUGGAAAUGCACAUCCCCAAGUCCCUUCGUGCCAUGCGCCCAGAGGCCAUCAGCACGGUCAUGAAGUACUGCUGCCAGAAGCGGAUCCUUUCAAAGCCCAUCCUGGAUGCAGUGGCAGAAGUGCUCAGCUCUGGCGCCGAUGGAUUUACCACCGAGCAGAUUGCCGAGUGCCUUAUGCCCUUCGGGACUCUGAACUAUCUUCCCCCGAGUGCACCCCUGUUGUUUGGGAAGCUGGAGGGUGUGCUGCGUACUCGCUUUGGCCAGUUUCGACCUCACACCUUGCUGAACCUGCUGCACUCGUGUGUCCUCGUUCAGCGUUACCCGGUCAAUUUUCUGGCAAAAAUAUUUAAUCCCUAUUUUCUGCAACAGCUUCAAGCCCAGCCACCUGGUUUGGACAGAUUUGUUACCUCCCAGCUAACCCAGCUUUUUUUAACUGCUACCUUGGAGUGCCCCUUUUAUGAGGGCCCCAAACUCCUUCCAAAGUAUCAAGUAAAGUUUCAGCCUGGCAGUUCUCUGGAUGUUCAUCUCCUCAACAGAGUGAAGACCGGACUACUUUAUUUACUGAAAAAAAGAAUAUAUUUUGCAUCAGAGGUUUCAACGCCGUAUUUCUAUACAGUUGAUAUUGAGAUUAAAUUAGAUGAAGAAGGCUUUGUAUUGCCCGCUGCCCAGUGUGAAGAGGUACACAGACGACUUGCUCUCUGUAUUGAUGGUCAAAAUAGAUUUUGCAUUAACAGCCACCAUCUGUUGGGGGAAGAAGCUAUUAAACAGAGGCAUCUGAAGUUACUCGGUUAUGAAGUUGUGCAGAUUCCGUUUUUUGAGAUAGAGACUCUAAACAAUUGCAGAAAAAUGGCAAAAUAUCUGUGCAAAAAAAUCUUCCCUCAUGCAUAUGGACUCAGAUGCUGACACUGGCAAACAAUACGGUGCUGCAAGUUGAUCUUUUUUACUAUCGAGUGUAAAUAUUGUGUAUGGAGAAAGAAAUCUGUUUUCUAUGUAACAGCUUCUAAAAAUGAGAUCUUCCAAUAUUUGGAACAAUUGAUAUGUAAGCAGUAAUAAAGAACAAGA